AUGUUACAUCGUUCAGUUGCUGCCGCAAGCUCGGGACUCGGCCUUGCGGACGCUAGGGACAUGGGACCCUCGAAGGUGCCGGACAUCCAUCUUGACGACAUCGACGAGAGGCGAGCGCGGCGGCCGCGUCAAAUCACACCCACCUCACCUUCUCCCUCUCCCGAGCCGCAAUCCCACACGGGCGCUAAUGGUGCUGGGUCCGCCAAGACCUCCCAACCAGCAACAGCGCUCCCACCGGCGCAAGCCGAGGCAAGCGCGGCGAUAGAGCCCGCCGACCCGACCGAGUCCGUGCGUGCGACGCUUGAAACCCGCGUGCGCGCUGUCGUCGAUCUGCUGUACCAGCUGGCGGUGUGCUCGGCGGACGUGCAAGAGGGUUCGCAGCACCUGGUGGCGAACAAGGUGAACGAGUGCAUCAAGGCGCUCGCCGAGCUGGACGCCACCAAGGACGAGCUGCACCGUGCGCACCUGAUGGUGCCCCAGGAGGUGCUCGAGAUGCUCGAUGCGGGCAAGAACCCCGACACGCACACGCGGAACUUUGUCAGCCGUCUCGCGAGCGAAAACCAGUACAGCUACGGCCAGCACAACGCAGUCAGCAGCUACAAGGACGCCCUCGACGCAGCACUCGAUCAGGCAUUCCCCGAGCUGGCGACUGCCAGCAAGCCAGCGGAGGCGCAAGAUCCAUAG